AGUCUAUAAUGUGUUCGAAACGUGAUUUUUGUAUCUUAUCAGAAAUUUGGAUCAGUAUGAAAAUGUAUAUGUUUUGCGCUAAGUUCUUUUUCGACAAAACAUUUUAUUUAUUCUUCACAUAAUACAAAAAACGUAGUCAGGAUAGUCUAGUCCCGAGAAUAACUAGGUGGUUCAGAAAUGGCAGAUCCGGAAAAAUGAUUGUAACCAGAGCUCUUGAAACUGCUGGGGACAUAGAUGAGGUUGAAGAAACGGAUGGUGAAAAAGAUGAGAAAAAGCCAUGUAUAUUAAAUACCGAAGUGAUGAAAAAUUCUCAAAUUCUGGCAGCCCUUCAGUCUCAACUAGGUAGCAUGGUAGGGUCCCCAUCAGAAUACAUAGAAAGUUUACCCAAGACAGUUAAGCGUAGAAUCAAAGCCCUGAAGAAACUUCAGCUAGAAUGUACCAGACUUGAAGCCAAAUUUUAUGAAGAAGUACAUAUAUUAGAGUGCAAGUAUGCUGACUUAUACACACCCAUUUUUGAAAAACGAAAUGAAUUUAUUAAUGGAAAAGUUGAACCAACAGAUGAAGAGUGUGACUUUCCUUCAGACUCUGAAAAAGAGGAAGAUGAAUUAACAGAAGAACUUAAAAAAAAUAUUAACCUACAAAAUAAAAAAAGUGAAGACAAAGAGAAGAGCAAAUCAGAAAAAGAUGACGUUAAAGGCAUACCCGAGUUCUGGCUAACAACUUUUAAGAAUGUUGAAGUUAUAGGAGAAAGAAUUCAGGACCAUGAUGAGCCUAUCCUCAAGAACCUUACUGAUGUUAAAGUGAAACUUUCACAGACGAAUCCAAUGGGUUUUACACUAGAAUUCCAUUUUAAAGCCAAUGAGUAUUUUAAUAAUUCAGUUCUAACAAAAGAAUAUGAAAUGAGGUGUGUACCAGAUGAAGACGACCCAUUUUCUUUUGAAGGACCUGAAAUUUUUAAAAGCAAAGGGUGUACUAUAGAUUGGAAGAAAGGAAAAAAUAUAACAAUGAAGACCAUUAAGAAAAAGCAGAAACACAAGUCACGGGGCUCAGUCAGAACAAUCACAAAAACCAUACAGAAUGAUUCUUUUUUUAACUUUUUCAACCCACCUUCAGUUCCUGUGGAUGAAGAACAGCUGGUAUGUAAGAUUUGCCAUAGAUUCUGUGUGCAUGCUAACAUGUGUGCAUUCUAGAAAUAUAAAAGUGACUUUUAUAUUUGUAAAGUUAAUUGUAAUUAUUUAAUGCAGCAUUUGUA